UUGAAAAAUUUCUCGAAAAUGUUAAAUCAACGGGGAAAUUAGAAAUAUCUUUGGUUGUUCUCAAUAAAGAUGAUCUUAUGCAGAAGCUUAAUGAGUUCACGAUCGGGAUUCACACAGUAGAGAUUCAAUCAACGUGUAAGUUAGAGCAAGUUCUUGUAAAUUAUUCUUUACCGCCAUGUUUAGAAGUUCUACGUAUUAGUGACAAUACUUUAGAUGAGGAGGAUAUUUUUGCUUUAAUUAGAUCUCUUAGGAACAUGAAAGGCUUGCAUGAAUUAGAUUUGUGUUGCACAAGGUUUACAGAAAGUAGUUUCAAUUGUUUUAUAACUGUACUUAUCAAAUGUAGCGAUCUAAGAAGAUUGUGUUUAACUGAUAAUGGCUUAACUAAACAAGACGUUAACUACUUAAUAACCGCUUUUGAAUCCCUUAAAAAUCUUAAAAAUUUAAACUUAUCUAAAAACAACGUUACAGAAACACAAGCAAAUGACAUACUGCAAAAAUAUGGCGAAGGUAACAGCAUUGUUUCUUUAGAUUUAUCCCAAAACGCAUUACAAGGAAAUGAAAUUAUUGUUCGGAUUUGUAAACUAGACUCACUCGAAGAAGUAAAUCUUUCUCAUAACCACAUAAGAUUUCAUCCUUUGCCUAGCUUAGAGGAAGGAAGUAACAAGUUUCCGAUUAAUACGAAAAUCAUCUCUUUGUCUUCCAAUCACAUGAUACCUAAUGACAUUUGCCGUUUUCUUUCUUUAAUCCGAUCAGAUCUGCUCAAACUUAACUUAGAUUUCAAUCAUGUUGGCAAUUCCAUCUGGUCAUUGUGUUCGUUAAGAAUAUUUAAGCAUUUGAAAGUCUUAAGUUUAGCAAGUACUGAUAUCUGUGGUCCUGCCGUUGAUGGUCUUGCUAUCUUGCUGUCUUCAGUAACAGAACUUGAAGAACUGAAUUUAUCUUCGAAUAAUCUUAUGUUGGAAGAUUUUCGAAAUCUUCAAUCGCACUUAUCAAAUUUAACUCGGUUGAAAAAGUUGAAUUUAAGCAACAAUAAUCUUGACGGAAUUACAGUUAUUUUGCAAGAGAUCCUGCCUUCCUUGAAUUACCUGGAAGAGUUACGCUUAAGUAACGUGCGUUUAAAUGGUGACGAUUGCAACAAAAUCUAUGAGUCACUAAAAUUUUUAAGAAGUUUAAAAUAUUUUGAUUUAAGUAUUAAUGCUAUUGGUCCAGAUGGAACAAGAGCACUUGCAAACAUAUUGAAGGAGAUCCCGUUAUUAGAGGGCCUGGACGUGAGUAAAUCAUGUAUUAAGGAAUAUGCGAUAGAUCUCUUUUGUAAGGCUUUAGUUCCAUUAAACAAAUUGAGACAUCUGAAUUUGUCGGGCAAUCGGAUUGAUAUUGAGAUCUUAGAUGAUGCUUUGUCUUUACCUCCUAAUUUGCAGGAGCUAAUUUUGAGUGAUAUUAUUCAUGGUGGAAAACUCUUUGUCAAUAUGAUACCGUUGCAACACCAACUAAGAAUACUUCAUCUUAGUAAAAUCAAAUUAAGACUGUGUGAUGCUGAUAGGUUAGCCGCUAUGUUGUCGUCUUUUCGACUGUUGCAAGAACUAGUUUUAACUAAUGUUGAUGUUGCGGACAGGAAAUGUGAAAAAAUCUUUAGUGCGAUAAAAUUGUUGAAGAAUUUGAAAAAGCUUGAUCUUGGGGGUAUGAAAGUAAAUAACGGGAAAGCCUUCAUUGAAAUCUUCUCGUCUCUUUUAUUUUUGAAAGAAAUAGUGUUUCCUGAUGUUUUAAUACAUGAUGAUGGUGUCAUAGGGUGUUUUGAUGCUUUAAGAUCAUUAACAUAUUUGAAAAACCUUCAUUUAGGGCGGUCUACGAUUACCCAAACUGGCGCUGUAACUUUAGCUAACGUGUUACCAUCACUGCAGUUGUUGGAAAAGCUAGUGUUGAAAAAGAUUGAGUUUGAUGAUGAAUGCCAAAAACACCUGUUUCAUGCUGUAGGAAAAUUGAAAUAUUUAAAGGAACUUGAUUUAGGGUGGUCUAAGACUACCCAUACUGGCGCUGUAACUUUAGCUGAGGUGUUACCAUCACUGCAGUUGUUGGAAAAGCUAGUGUUGAAAAAGAUUGAGUUUGAUGAUGAAUGCCAAAAACACCUGUUUCAUGCUGUAGGAAAAUUGAAAUAUUUAAAGAAACUUGAUUUAGGGUGGUCUAAGAUUACCCAAACUGGCGCUGUAACUUUAGCUGAGGUGUUACCAUCACUGCAGUUGUUGGAAAAGCUAGUGUUGCGAGAUAUUAAGUUUGAUGAUGAACACCAAAAACACUUGUUUCAUGCUGUAGGAAAAUUGAAAUAUUUAAAGAAACUUGUUUUAAGGUUUUCUAAGAUUACCCAAACUGGCGCUGUAACUUUAGCUGAGGUGUUACCAUCACUGCAGUUGUUGGAAAAGCUACUGUUGGAAGGUAUUAUUGAGGUCGAUGAUGAAUGCCAAAAACACUUGUUUCAUGCUGUAGGAAAAUUGAAAUAUUUAAAGAAACUUGAUUUAGGGUGGUCUAAGAUUACCCAAACUGGCGCUGUAACUUUAGCUGAGGUGUUACCAUCACUGCAGUUGUUGGAAAAGCUAGUGUUGCGAGAUAUUAAGUUUGAUGAUGAACACCAAAAACACUUGUUUCAUGCUGUAGGAAAAUUGAAAUAUUUAAAGAAACUUGUUUUAAGGUUUUCUAAGAUUACCCAAACUGGCGCUGUAACUUUAGCUGAGGUGUUACCAUCACUGCAGUUGUUGGAAAAGCUACUGUUGGAAGGUAUUAUUGAGGUCGAUGAUGAAUGCCAAAAACACUUGUUUCAUGCUGUAGGAAAAUUGAAAUAUUUAAAGAAACUUGAUUUAGGGUGGUCUAAGAUUACCCAAACUGGCGCUGUAACUUUAGCUGAGGUGUUACCAUCACUGCAGUUGUUGGAAAAGCUAGUGUUGCAAGAUAUUGAGUUUGAUGAUGAAUGCCAAAAACACUUGUUUCAUGCUGUAGGAAAAUUGAAAUAUUUAAAGGAACUUGAUUUCUGGUAUACUACGAUUACCCAAACUGGUGCUGUAAUUUUAGCUGAGGUGUUACCAUCACUGCAGUUGUUGGAAAAGCUAGUGUUGCAAGAUAUUGAGGUCGAUGAUGAAUGCCAAAAACACUUGUUUCAUGCUGUAGGAAAAUUGAAAUAUUUAAAGAAACUUUAUUUCUGGUAUUCUACGAUUACCCAAACUGGCGCUGUAACUUUAGCUGAGGUGUUACCAUCACUGCAGUUGUUGGAAAAGCUAGUGUUGCAAGAUAUUGAGUUUGAUGAUGAAUGCCAAAAACACUUGUUUCAUGCUGUAGGAAAAUUGAAAUAUUUAAAGGAACUUUAUUUCUGGUAUUCUACGAUUACCCAAACUGGCGCUGUAACUUUAGCUGAGGUGUUGCCAUCACUGCAGUUGUUGGAAAAGCUAGUGUUGAAUGUGAUUGAGUUUGAUGAUGAAUGCCAAAAACACUUGUUUCAUGCUGUAGGAAAAUUGAAAUAUUUAAAGGAACUUGAUUUAAGGUGGUCUAAGAUUACCCAAACUGGCGCUGUAACUUUAGCUGAGGUGUUACCAUCACUGCAGUUGUUGGAAAAGCUAGUGUUGAAAAAGAUUGAGUUUGAUGAUGAAUGCCAAAAACACUUGUUUCAUGGUGUAAGAAAAUUGAAAUAUUUAAAUGAACUUGAUUUCGCGUUGUCUGAAAUUACCCAAACUGGCGCUGUAACUUUAGCUGAGGUGUUACCAUCACUGCAGUUGUUGGAAAAGCUAGUGUUGAAAAAUAUUGAGUUUGAUGAUGAAUGCCAAAAACACUUGUUUCAUGCUGUAGGAAAAUUGAAAUAUUUAAAUGAACUUGAUUUCGGGUUGUCUGAAAUUACCCUAGCAGGUGUAGCAGCUCUAACUGAUGUAUUACCAAGCUUGUGUAACUUAAGAUGGAUUUUCUUAUCAAAGAUAAAAAGUGACGAAACAGAAAUAUCAAGUAAUGAAGAAAGUGAGGAAAAUGAAAGUGUGGAAAUUAAAACAGCCAAAAGUAAACUUGAAGUGGCGGCACGCCUUGUUCCCGGAUUGCAAAUACGUUGGAAUUAGAGGGCACGUAUAGACUGUAAACCUCCGCCAGCGAAUUACGUUAUGCGUCUUGGAUAAAUUAUACAAUGGGCUAAUUAUGCAUUCUGUUUACUGUGCCCGGCAGAGCAACACAAGCUUUUACUAAUUUCUCAUCGACUUUUCAUUCAAAUUUAACCAAAAUUUAAUCAUUUUGCCCUUGGACAAUGUCCAGUUGUUCCACAAAUUUUGGUGCUAAUACGUGUGAUAUUUUUUAGUCAUCUUGUUGACUGACAAUACACACACACACACACACACACACACACACACACACACAGAUAACGCGGAUAAAACAUACCCUUCAGGUGGAGGUAAUAAAUGUCCGCCUAGACUCAUGCAGGGGUAGGUCUAUUUCAAGAUAUACGAAUGUAUUACACUAAUAGUCUUAAACUUUUACAAUUAGAAGUUAAAAUAUUUUCUGCACAAAUAAUGCAUUCUUGCAAAUAUUUAUUUUAAAUGCAUUUUUUCUCGUAAGAGACGUUAUUUCAAUACUCAAGUUUAUUAUUGGCGAUGCUAUGAUACCGAAGUGUUUUUAAGACGAUAUCAUUACGAGUUCCUCUUUUAUGAUUUGUUAACUUGUAACAAUAUUUAACAAAUUUUGACUCCCACAAUUCCAAACGACUUUGGUUUCACUUCAUCUACGCUAUAGACUUAUUACAACAGGUCGACUUUAGGUCGGCUUACUUAUGGUGUAUUGUAUCCAUGCCAAUGUGAUGCCAUAUUCGCCCGGCUUCUUUGCCAGUAAUCCCAUCAGUCAUUUAUAGACAAUAUCAGUCUCCUUUCCCGUUAUACCAGCAGUUGAUGUCUGUAGAUUGAUGGUGUGUUGAUGUUCAGUAGCUCGACGCGUAUGGGUGGAAAACUUUCACUUUCAAAAGUGAAUGUUACUGCCGCUUUAAUUAAGGCUAGUUUUUUUCAACUGUUGAAAAAUUACUUGAAACGUUAUAAAACUAUGGAUAUGGCCUUCGUACAACCCGCCCCUAGUGUCUAGCCUCUUGCUUGCUAGCUGUACUUCGUAUGAUGACUUCACCUGACAGUGUUUAAAUUGAUGGUUCUUUUAUAACAUCAGCACAUAUUUCAAUUCUGGGCUCAGUGUUAUAUCUAUAACUUAAUUAUGCCUUGCUAGUGUCAGGCCACGAAAAGGUCAUGAUCUUUUCGAGAAGGGCUUCCCGCGCAGCUGUGAUAAAGGGCAUAUUUUUUAACAGCCAUCCAUGCAUCAUGAAUUUUAUCCUAAUUGAAGUUGGAACUUUGAUCUUGUAGAAGUAAUUGUGAUCUUGUAGAAGUAAUGUUCCUUUCUCACAAAAUAAAUCAUCUUUCUUUGCUUUGUCGAUAGUAGACCGCGGUUAGCAGGCAAUAGUUUGUUGGAUAAUUGAGCAUUGGUUACAUGAAAACGAAGUUUUGAUAACAAGGACUCAUCUUACAUGGUUAUAUACAAAUUAAUUAAAACAGCCACACAUUACAGGCAUUAAGUACAGGCAAAAAACCCAAAAUAAUACUUAAGGAAACUAUCACAGGUUAUAAGCAAAAUAUUUUUUCGUGUAGCCAUGAAAAUUUGAAAAAGAUCCAUAUCACUACCAGUCACAUGUUCACAUUUCUUAUAAAUAAUAUA